AUGAACCGACAAGUCGGCGUCGGCGGAGGACAGCGGCUGAGAUCCGCUAGACCCACCACGAUUCACGAUUGCGCUCACUCCGGCGACCUCGUUUCCUUGCAGAGACUGCUCAAAGACAAUUCUUCUCUUCUCAAUGAACGAAACCCCGUCAUGUAUCACACGCCACUUCAUGUUUCUGCUGGUAAUGGCAACGUUGAUAUAGUCAAGUAUCUCCUAGAUUGGGCAGGAUCUGAGAAAGUUGAGCUUGAAGCAAUGAAUACUUACGGUGAAACUCCAUUGCACAUGGCAGCCAAGAACGGUCGCAAUGAAGCUGCAAAGCUACUCCUUGACCGUGGUGCUUUCAUCGAAGCCAAAGCCAGCAACGGUAUGACACCAUUGCAUCUUGCGGUAUGGUACUCAAUUACCUCGAAAGACAUCUCAACUGUUAAGACACUGCUCGACAAUAACGCAGAUUGCAGCGCAAAAGAUAAUGAAGGGAUGACUCCUUUGGACCAUCUACCACAAGGACAAGGUAGCGAGAAGCUAAGGGAACUGUUGCGAUGGUUUCUACAAGAGCAGAGGAAAAAAAGCGCGCUCGAGGCUUGCGGUAAGACGAAAGCUAAGAUGGAUCUUCUUGAGGAGGAGCUGUCCAAUAUCGUUGGCUUAAGCGAGCUGAAGACACAGCUGAGGAAAUGGGCUAAAGGGAUGCUUUUGGAUGAGAGGAGAAGGGCUCUCGGGAUCAACAUCGGAACAAGAAGACCUCCUCAUAUGGCGUUUCUUGGGAAUCCUGGGACAGGUAAAACCAUGGUUGCUCGAGUUCUUGGGAAGUUGCUUCACACGGUUGGGAUUUUACCGACUGAUAAAGUAACAGAAGUGCAGAGAACAGACUUGGUUGGUGAGUUUGUUGGUCAUACAGGGCCAAAGACGAGGAGAAAGAUUCAAGAAGCAGAGGGAGGGAUUCUCUUUGUGGAUGAAGCAUACAGGUUAAUACCGAUGCAAAAGGCGGACGACAAGGAUUACGGUCUUGAAGCUUUAGAAGAGAUCAUGUCGGUGAUGGACACGGGGAAGAUCGUGGUGAUAUUCGCCGGAUACAGCGAGCCAAUGAAGCGUGUGAUCGCAUCGAACGAAGGGUUUUGCAGAAGGGUCACAAAGUUUUUCAAUUUCAGCGACUUCAGUGCUAAAGAAUUGGCUCAGAUACUUCACAUCAAGAUGAACAGCCAAGGACAGGACACUCUGUUCUAUGGUUUCAAGCUGCAUGAGUCUUGCACUCUCCAGGAGAUUGCUUCGGUGAUUGAGAGAGAGACGACGGAGAAGAAGAGGAAGGAGAUGAACGGAGGAUUAGUUGAUACUUUGCUUGUUAACGCGAGGGAGAAUCUUGAUCUUAGGCUUAGCUUUGAAUGUGUUGAUACUGAGGAGAUCUGUACAAUCAGGUUGGAGGAUUUAGAAGCUGGGCUUCGAGUUUUCUCGCAGUGA